UACACAACUUGAAACUAUUACAAAACGCUGGAGGCGACUCCUAUGUAACAAGCUACAUGUCUCCGGCUCACAUGAUCAUCACAGUGCCUCGCAGAGGGAACGACUUUGAAGAAGAACCAUGAAGUCCGUCAUCUGUCUGUCGGCGUCAGUCAGGACGGCAUGCCAGCACGCCUCUGUGUGUUUUCCUCUCUACCGUGGGCUCAGUGUCUGCAGCUCAUCACCGAGACUCACGGACCCCGAAUUUGUCAGUAAAACAGUUAUUGCGCAACAGCCGCGCGUAAGCGACGCGCUCUGUCUCCAAAGAGAAAGGACUCGGAGCGCCGCAGCCGACGUCCAUCGACUCUACCCAGCCUCCGCAACCCGACGCAAUGAAGUGACUUCCCAGCAUGCCGAUGUGCAGACGGCGCACAGACCUGCGGGGAGAGCGACCCAACAUCUCGCUCCAUGCGCGCCCUUUGCCAGAGCAGAGAGAGGCGCAGCUGCGCUUGUAAAUAUCCAGCGUCUGUUUGAGGAGGACGUUAUCACGGAGUUGUGCUCCAAGCUGGCAGACUUCCCCAGCGAUGACAGAGCAGAGGGACUGGCCACUUUGUUAGAAUCAUGCGUCAGCGUUGGCUUGGAGGCCCACAGCCCUCCUGUGCUGAUCCUCGUGAAAGAGUGUCUGGAGCUGCUUUCCAGCAAGGACGUCGGGGUGGCGCAACUUUGCCGCCUGGGAAAAGUAGCGUGCGCCCUGGAAGGCCGGGAGUCCCGCGUGGUGGCAGAGGUCAUGCCCUCCAUCAGCUGCGCUCUAGAGGAGGAUACGGUAUCUCCCAGCGAGGUUGCAGCAGCCUACUCCCUCCUGGCUGCGCUGCAUGAGCCGCGCUGCCCUCAGCAAGCGGCGAUGCUGUCUGCUCUCCACAGACAAGCUCAAAGGCAGGUCCACAGGCUGGGAGCCGGCCACGUCAGCGACAUUCUGCAGUGUCUGCUGAAGUUGAAGCAAAAACAGGCCAUUUCCUUGGUGCUGAGGCUGAGUCACAGAGCGUCGCGGGUCUUCAAAGCCUUCAGUGACGAUGAAAUAAUCAAGGUGCUCUCUGCUCUAAUGACUCUGGGUCAGCAUGAUGAAGAGCUCCUGGCUGCUAUGGAGAAACAUCUUCCAGGGAGGCUGGGGAAGUGCGAUCCAGAGCUCACCAGUACGGUCGUGGAGUACUGUUUGCAGAUGAGGUACCGCUCUGAGCCGAUCCUCGAGGCCGUGGCUGAGAGCUUCGUCCGCAGCGCCGAGAGGCACACCGACAUGCAGAUAGCCAAACAGAUCGUUGCCAUCGGGCGACUCAACUACCUGCCACAGUGCUCCGGUCAGAUGUUCAGAAAGCUGGAGAGCGUUUUGACGGCCAGGUUUUCCCACUUCCGCCCCCGCUCGCUGAUAGACGUGCUGCACGCCUGCAUUCACCUGGAACGCUUCCCGCUCAACUACACGAACAAGAUCUUCAGACCAUGCUUCCUGCAGAGGCUGCGAGCAGAAGGCGAACCCGUGGACAGGAUCGCUCUGGGACAGCUGACACAGCUCCAUCUCUCUGUCGCACUGGAGUGCAAGCACUACUGGGGUCCCAGACUUCCCUUCUUCCUCCACGUGAAGAACUUUUCCUCUCCGGACCAGGCCUUUGAGAGCCCUAUGGAGACGUCGCUGUACAGGCAGGUCAAGGGUCCACUUGUGCAGCUGCUUGGGGGGGAAUUCUUCUACACCAGAAUCUGUACCUCCGCUGGAUACACUGUAGAUGUGGAGAUUUGUCUGGAUGAGAAUGGAUUUGUUCUUCCCCCGUCUGAGUGGGAGCACACAGAGAAAAGAGUUGCCGUGUGUUUGGACGGUCGCAGCCGUUUCUGCCGCAACACGCAGCACCUGCUGGGGAAGGAAGCCACGAAGAGGAGACACCUCCACAGGAUGGGAUACGAGGUGGUGGAGAUCCCAUACUUUGAAUUUGAGAACCAGAGAACUCAGGAGGAACAGGUCCAGUACCUCCAUGACAAGAUCGUCCCUGCCAUCUCCAAGUUCAGAUUAAGUCAUCUUAGUUAAAAGGAAGUUCAUCCACACUGUGCCUGUUACAUGAACUGUACUCACAUAUACAACACUGACUGGAUACUAAAAUUACUGGUGAUUUGAGGGGGAAAAGUCAUUCAAAUUAGUUAAUAACAACAAAAAAACAUGUUAUGCACUUUUUAGGGGCUAAUUCUUGGUACCCAUUUCACCUGAAUUGCCUUACAUUUGGGAAAAUAAUGUAUGUAAAUAUACAUUCAUAUCUUUUUCCUCCCCCCUUUCAAGAAAGAGCUGCAGAUGGAAGACUUUUUGCAAACUGCUUCUAUGACUGUACAAGUUAGACUUGAACUUUAUGGAUUGUUGUGAAUAUUAUGUACAAAAACCAAUAUAUUUAUUAUGGGUUAAGGUAGUUCUGGCAAUGUUUGCGAUAAACGUAAGCACACAUGAUCAAGUGUAUAUAUUGUGCAUUUCCAUAUGAAUUAAAAUGUUUCAGAAUGUCAUGAUCAUGAGACGUAACCACCCACAAUAAAACAUACAACCGCAAA